AUGCAGCACCGCGCUGGUGCUUGUGGCCGCAAGCGGCGUCCCGCGACGCUUUCUGAAAUAUUCUGGAUUUGCCUGAGCUGCAGUGCAGCAGCCGAGUGCAAUCCCCUUUACAUAGUUGCGGAGCUUUUGAGCACGAGCCGUGAGCACGUGACCUUGUGGGUGUGGCCAUGCUGUUCGCGCUCUGCAGGCUAUUCUCAGGGCCAGAGCGUAGAGGAUGCUCCCUUUGGUCGGAAUUGGGCAGCAGAAGUUCUGCAGCCUCCCCGACCACGAAGGCCGCGCAACACCGGGGCGCUUCCCAACAGGCUGCUGGGAGCUUUGGCCUUGCUGAGAGAUCCAGCAGAAUUAGAUGGCGAAGGACUUGGACGUGCCGCCACAGCGGCAGCAAGAGAGGGCCUCGACGACGAGGCCUGGUGGGCGGCGCUGACGAAGCGAACGAAGGAACUGUCGGACUCGUUGGCAAUGCAUGAUGUGUCCCUGAUCCUGAACGGCAUGGCGAGAUCCAGGCGCCUGGAUAAGCAGCUGGUUCAGGCAUUGCUUCCGCGCAUUUGUGCAAACUUGGUAUAUCUCACCUCCGCACAUCUGGCCAUGCUUGCGAGUUCAGUGGCCAAGGCCGAGAUACACAACGCACAGUUUACCAACCUCUUGACGCGUGAGUUGAAGGCGCGGCUGAUGGAGUUUCACAGCUCCAUGGAGUUGACGAUGAUCAUCAACGCUGUGAGCAAGCUUCGCAUCACCGACGAGGAUUUGUUCCGACGAUUUGUCAGCCACACGCAGAGCCGCAUGGGCACAGAGGCUUUCCACGUGCGCGACAUUUCCGUAAUUGUUGGGGCGCUGGCACGCGUAAACUGUGUUGAUGCGACCACCAUGAGCCGGUUUGCAGACGGCUGUGUGCAAACUCUUCCUCAGGCGACGCCUUUGGAGCUGGCUCGGCUCAUGCAUGCCUGCAUGAGCGUGUCCUGCCAUGCGCCGGACUUGUUCACUGCCUGUGUGCUGCAGAGUCGUGAGCAGGCAAACAGCAUGGACCCGAGCGGCCUCUCUGCUGCUGCAUACGCCUUCGGUCAGUGCUUCGAGGUGGCGGAUGUGUCCCAUGUCCGGUACCUGCAGAAAAUCUUCAGACACCUCCGGCUGGCUGCUGUUUCGAGUUUGCCGCUGUUCCUGCCCCGCGAGAUUGUGAGCUUGCUGAAAACCUAUGCUCGAUGGCAGAUCACGUUCGAAUGUGGCCACCUGCGCAAGGUGGCUGAAAGGAUGAUCGCUACGAGCUCCCAGUUCGACCUGGACAGCGCCGUCUCAGGUUUGCACAACUUGGCGCUGCUGAUGCAGCGCAAUGCCAUGCGCUCAGAGCGUACAGCCGCGCUUGGCGCGGCAUGGGAGGCGUGCUUGCAGAAGCAGCAAGAAAUCUGCUGCUGCCUGUGUGGUCUGCAGCCCGAGCCAAUGAGCUCGACUUGGCAACCUUGCUGA